AGGAAGAAUAACACAAUAGUGCCAUAUAAGUUCAACUCUUUGAUGACAUCAUCUCGGUUUUGGCUACCACCGGGCUACCAAAAAUUGCUCAUUCGCAAUAGCCGUUCUUGUAUCGCCGUAAACUUGCCUCUGGUAGCGGCUCCAAAAGAAAUAAGAAAAAAAAAUUGUCACCCAAGGAAAUGCAACGCUUCGUCAUUUCGGUAAUGAAAAGUGUAAGGGCUCAAAGUUCUUUGAUCUCUAUAGAUACAGGACGGAUUGAGGAACCAUAUUAUGACAGAAGCAAGAAUUGGAACACACAUCAAAACAGAAAGUGGAAUCACGAGUGUUAUUGAUUUGCACUUUCGCAACAUCGAUCAGACAACUGAAUUUUUAGUGCAAUAAUUGUGCAACUUCCAAAAUGGAUCUUUCACUGAUUUGUGUGUGUAUCAGCGUGUUGUACAUAGGUAUCACUUUAGCGGAGUAUAACGAGAAAACUGGUUUUGUGAACAGACGGGGGGUGCCGAAUGGUGGGAUGGACAUUGCACCACCAUCGUUUGAAGACAUUCGGAACUUCGGCACUGCAAAAAGCGGCGAUGCAUUCACCAACAUUUUGAAAAGAAAUGAAGCCAUAAAUUCAACUGAGUUGUGCCUGGAGCAGGGAGAUAUUCCAUUUCCGUGUAACAGCAACAAUCGUCAAAGACGAAACGCACUACGCGACCGAGGAGUGAGGUGGAUUAAUGGGAUCGUUCCAUACGUUAUCGACGGCUACUACGAUGGCGCAACAAGACAGCGCAUCAUUCGAGGGAUGGAACGUUACCACGAGGAAACAUGUAUCCAAUUUGUUCAGAGGACAAAUGAACAAGACUACAUUUACAUAUUUCCUGGGACCGGGUGUUAUUCCCUGGUCGGUCGUGUCGGGGGACAACAGCAGGUUUCUUUGGGAGUUGGAUGCACUACGAACUUGGGUACGAUCAUCCACGAGCUUAUGCAUGCUAUUGGAUUUCACCACGAGCAAACACGAACAGACCGCGAUGAUUUCAUCUACAUCUACUUCCAAAAUAUCAUAAGAGGUCUGGAGUACAACUUUGAAAAGUACGAGCAAACCUCCAUUGAUCAUCUCGGUACCCCCUAUGAUUACUUCUCUGUGAUGCACUACCAUAUGACUGCUUUCUCAUCAAACGGACAACCGACCAUCGUAGCUCGUGACACGAGGUACCGACUGGAUUAUCGUACCGACUUCAGCGAAAAUGAUAUCAGGAAGAUCAACAUCUACUAUGAAUGUACCUCAAAAGACGAGACCACUGUUAAACCACCUGCGCCGGAUGAAGAAUGUAUGGAUAUGAAUCGGGGUUGCCCUUUCUGGACUGAAUAUUGUGAUACUAACCGCUGGGUUAGUACCAAUUGUAAGCUCAGCUGUAAAAUCUGUACCCCGACUACCACGACUACGGGAACCGGUGGAAAUAACGAUUGCACAGACAAUCAUGAUAAUUGCGAAUACUGGGCUGGAGAGGGAGAAUGUGAUAACAACCCUACCUGGAUGUUGGUUAACUGCAAAGUUAGUUGUUAUCAGUGUGACACCGGCACAGAAAACUGCAAAGACCAGAACGAGAACUGUGAAGUGUGGGCCAAGUACAGACAAUGUACUGAAAACCCAAACUACAUGUUGGAAUUCUGCCCCCGUUCAUGUGGACAGUGCGGUGGUGGCGGCAUCAUGGAAGCCUGUGAAGAUUACCACGAGAACUGUGAAUACUGGGCCAGUAUUGACCAGUGUCGACUAAAUCCCGGUUACAUGAACUACGAGUGCAGGAAAAGCUGUGAUCUCUGUGCUGCGAGCUCGCCGCUGGAUUUGGUACCUCAAACUCAAUGCCAAGAUACCAGUGGUUACUGCAGUGUCUAUGCCGAGGAAGGAAAGUGCGAGUCGAGUCGAGACUAUAUGAGCCUCACCUGUCCCGAUACUUGCAGCAUGUGCCCUGAUAAAUCGUAUCCCCCCGUUAAUGGGGGCUCUGAACUUCGAUCUUUCUUUGGCUUUCUCGGCGUCUUAAUAGUUCUCUCGCAGAGAUUAGCUAUGUAAUACAUAGGCCUUUAGGGGAAAAUAUGGUUGUGCUUAAAUAGAAAUAUAUGACUCAUGUGAAGGCCUCACAUUAAAGUAGGCCCUAUACAUUUAAACUCUUUGAAAUUUCCAGCCGGGAAUGGGCCCCCCAUGCUUCUGAAGGCUUCUUUAUAGUCUGUUGGGGUAUAUUUUUGGCAAUAACUUGUUUUCUUGAAGUUAUUCAUGACCUCAUCCUUCAUGACAAAAGUAAUGAUGAAAAACUCGUAUAACCUUUACGAUAGAAAAGAGAUUAUUUCUUGUAUGUUUUGUUUACUUUUCCAUUGCCUUUGUUUAUCUGUUAUAACUUUAUGAGCCUAUGUUUUUUCUUGUAUAUAGACGGAAGAGUAUAUUUUUAUGUUAUUAAAAUUCUAGAGUAAUUUAUGCUAGUUUAAAGAAGUUAAUACAUUUUAUAUAAACCAGGGCGGAUCCAGGAUGGCUGUAGGGAGGUGAUGAUAUUGACCAACAUUGUAAUUUUUCUUGGGGCAGACAAAUUAGCAUACAGGGUGUGAACCCCGCCAAUCUGCAUUUUCAAAACAGUUUUGUAAUUAAAUCAUCUGUUCCCCUACCCCCCCC